CUUGCCACUUUUAGUCUAAAGAUGGAAAAAUCUAAAUCGAUUGGCAGACAAUUUGGCGAUGCCAAGAAUCCAUCGUUAUGUGCCGUGUGGUUAACUGAGGCUGCGCUGAAGCUGCAUACUAAUUUACAUUUCGUUGUCCAUGAUUGUACAACAGAACUUAAAGCAUAUUUUCUCUACUCGAUCCCUAGACAUAUUUCUAAAAGAAAUCCGCAGGUUAGGCUACCCAUGGUAGAAGAUAGUCAAGGAGCAGUUGUUUGUGACCCCCACGCCAUUAUGAGCUAUUUGGUAAACCAAUAUGGCAGAGAGUCGACGCUUUAUCCAAGCGAGCCGCUUAAGCGCGCCUUAGUGGAUCAGCGUCUGUUUUAUUCGUCCGGCGUGCUGUACCCCCUUCGAAGACAACUCGUGCGCAUGUUGCCAGAGCAGAACUUUGCUGAAUUGCUAAUGCAGAAAAUAGACGACGUCUAUGAAUCAUAUGCGGUGCUCGAUCAGUUCGUAGCUAACAACAGCUACAUGGCUGGCGAUCAUUUAACCAUUGCGGACUUUGCCAUUUCAUCGACUAUUAUCGUAUUGGAUGCUAGAAUUGCACCGUUUCACAUUGCCGAAUACCCGAACUUGAGUGCUUGGCUGGCACGCAUGUCGACCUUGCCUUAUUUCUUAAAAUUAGCUGAGGACGCUAAGGCGGUUUACCUUCAAAACUUAAAUUACAACAUAUGUUAUUGGAGUCCAUUGAUCAAUAAAAAAAAGUGCUUGACGUACGAAUGCGGGCGGGAGGGGAGACCUUUUUAUGCUACGCAUAUUCCCAUUCUCAGGCAAUUGAAAAUACCUCAACCCGAUCCCUCUCUUCGGUAUAAAUAUUAAAGGGCAACAUUUUUCACACCCUCACUGUUGUAUAAAUCUAAUUGGUGAGAGAAGUGUUCUGAAAAAACGAAGCUGGUGUAAGUUUUAAAUGAAAUUAAUCAAAAGGGCACGGGCAAUUAUUAAUUUUAUCAAUUCAAAAUACAAAUUA